CAUUAAUCCUCCCAAAUUAAUCUUUCCUUUUCUUUUCUAUUCUAUCUCCUUCCCUUCUCUCAAAAAUUCAAAAUUCUCCAACGGCAACAUAACCAGUAAUUGGCGGCAACCAGUAGUUGGAAUACCGCUAAGUUUAUCACAAAUAUCUUUUACUUGAAAAUCAUGUCAUCCUUUUCUCCCUCCUGCCCUGGAUCAGGGAAGAGUCUGAUGUCAAGUCACAUUCGUUACAAUCUGAUUCACAAUCGAACCAAAGAAAACUUGGAUUUGGAUAGAUUUAUUCCGAAUAGAUCAGCUAUCGAUUUUGAUUAUGCGCAUUACAUGCUGACAGAAGGAUGGAAGGAUAAAGAGAAGGAUAGUUCUGUUACAUCGCCGUCAAAGGAGGCGUAUCGGCAGCGGAUGAAGGAGGUUUUUGGGAUGAACAGAUCAAGAAUUCUUGCAUUCAGUAACAAGCCACCUGCCCCACUUCCUAUUUCCACCCCCCAAUUGGAGGGUGCUUCUGUUGGUAAACGAAGACAUCGUCGGGUUCCUCAGAUUGCAGAACGUAUGUUGGAUUGCCCUGGUCUGGUAGAUGACUACUACUUGAAUUUGCUGGAUUGGGGUAAGAGCAAUGUUAUUGCUAUUGCUCUUGAAAACACAGUAUACCUUUGGGAUGCAUCCAGUCAUACUUCGUGGGAGCUUGAAACCGUAUCUGAUGAUAAAGGCCCAGUAACGAGUGUGAGCUGGGCGCCUGAUGGUCGUAAUAUUGCCAUUGGCUUGAACAACUCAGAAGUUCAGGUCUGGGAUUCUAUAACUAACAAAAAGCUGAGAACUUUAAGUGAUGGCCACCAAGCUCGCGUUGGUACACUGACUUGGAACAAUAACAUCCUCACAACUGGAUCAGCAGACAGCAAAAUCAUUAACAAUGAUUUAAGGGUUAGGAAUCAUAUAAUUGAAACCUACAGAGGACACCGGAAUGAGGUUUGUGGGUUAAAAUGGUCACCUUCAGGUCGAUAUCUUGUCAGUGGAGGCAAUGACAAUCUUGUACACAUCUGGGAUCGAUCAAUGGCAGGUUUAAAUUCAGCUUCUCAGUGGCUGCACAGGAUUCAGGACCACACAGCUGCAGUUAAAGCUCUUGCUUGGUGUCCUUAUCAGAGUAAUAUGCUGGCUUCUGGUGGAGGCAUGGCUGAUGGAUGCAUAAAAUUCUGGAACAUUAAUACUGGUGCAUGUUUGAACUCAAUUGAUACUGGAUCCCAGGUUUCUGCUUUGUUGUGGAACAAUAAUGACCGUGAGCUUCUGAGCUCGCAUGGGCUUCCUGAUAACAAAUUGACUUUGUGGAAAUAUCCAUCUAUGGUGCAGAUGGCAGAGCUUACUGGGCAUACCUCUAGAGUACUUUUCAUGUCUCAGAGUCCUGACGGCCACUCAGUAGCUUCUGUAGGGGAUGAGACCUUGCGGAUUUGGAAUGUGUUUGGAAGUCCAGAUGAAGUGAAAUCUUCAAAAGAAACUAGUGCUCCUGAGCCAUUUGCUCAUGUGAGUCGCAUUCGUUGAUAUGUCUGAUAUUGUGCUUGGGAGGAAAGAAACCGACAGUCUUCCAUGGCAACUGGCAAAUUGUUUUUUUAGAAGAAAACAAGGUGUUUAUAUGAGGUUGUACAGAUUCAUCCAAGUUAAUUUUUGGAUAGUGAGAGUUAUAUAUUCUAUUCUAACAUGAGGGAAUUAAUGCUAAUUGUCUAUAGCCUUUAUUUUGUUCAUGGGUGACACUCCACUAGUGUCUUGUAAAUAUAAUUCUUUCUGUUCUAAUCAUAAAUUUUGUUGCUACAGA